AUGUACUCUUCCCUCCUCCUUCCAUGGUCCACGAGCCCCUCGGAUCGCGAAAAGACAUACCGCGCUGCCGGUCUGGUGAAAACAAAAGGGACACUCUUCCUCCUGCCUCCGCCAACAUCCACUCUGCGCGAUUCAUUUAAAGCACCACCACGUCCCAAAACCCGUAUGUCCUCGGGGGCAGUCGCGCUUUGCAAACAUUUUGAACGCGGUGGUGCAUCGUCGGAGCAUGGCCGACCACAUUCUUUUUGGACGCUGCCCGCAGGGAGCAAUGAGAACAAGACGGAAAUUGCAAGAGGGAUAUUGGAGAACAUGCUUGUGCACGCGGUUUGGCGGAAUGUGAUGCUUUUGCACCACGGGGUAGCAGUGUACGAGAUCAGGAACGCAUGGGGAUAUGGGAUGAGAUGGACGCUGGAUAUCGAGGAGAAGAAAGAAGACAAACAGGCUGAUGUCGGUAUACCAAUAGACAUUCAGACGACGACAGCCAGUCUAGACACCCCCAACCAAGGGGAAGAUGAGGAUGAUUUCCACAAGGAUUGGAUCAUCACCAGGACGACAUUUCGUGGCUUCUUGGAACCGAUUGCUGGGAUGGACCACGAGCUGCCGGGUCAAGGAGUGAGCGCCGGUGAAUCUUCACAGCCUCUUGAGCAGACAAGCGAUAGAUUGAUUGCAUGA